AUGAGUCAAGAGUCUCGUGACAAAGCUAUCGGACGCUUUGCCGACGACAGCGGCGUGAGGGUGCUAUUAGCCUCUCUUCGUUGCGGUGGCUUGGGCCUCAACCUCACCAUGGCGUCGCGCGUCGUCAUUCUGGACCCGUGGUGGAACUCGGCAGCAGAGCAGCAAGCGUUCUGCCGUGUGUUCCGCUUUGGCCAAAAGGAGACCACUUGUCUGACCCGUUUCUGCGUUAGGAACACGGUAGAUGAGCGACUUAUCCAGAUGCAAGAGCGCAAAGAGAAGGAGAUCGACUCAGUGAUGAAGGAGGAUGCCGGGGCGAAGGCCAGCAAGAUGGGUAUCCGGGAUCUCAUGCGUCUGUUCGGCAACAUCCGCGACGACGAGAACGGUCGGCCGUUCAUCAUGACGGACAAUCCUGAUCCGCGCGGCGGCUUCCAUGCGGACAAUGACCACGAGGGCUAUGCGGAUGAGCUUUGA